AUGCCUAAAGAAUCAGUAGUAUUAUCGAUAACGAGCCUAUUAGGCUGGUUAAAAUUUUCUAUAUUCGCUGUAUUUUAUACAAAUUUUAUUGGUCAAUCUAUCUUUAAAGGUGAUCCCAAUGCAGCUGAAAAUUCAACAGCUUUACAACAUUAUAAUGCCGGAGUAAGAUAUGGCAGUUGGGAUUUAGCGCUGUGCACUCUUGCCACUACACUUUACUCCAUCAUAGUGAGGCAAUUGAGCUUUUAUUGUAAUGCUAAAUAUGUCAAUGCUGUAGGAUUUUUACUUAUCAGUAUCGCAACCGUAGUCAUGGCUUUCUUGGAUAACGUUGUACCUGUCAUAUGUCUUGCUAGUAUGCAAGGUGUUGGCUUUGCUUCCAUAUUUACUUUGCCAUUUGCAAUAUUGGAUUCGUAUCGUGAAUAUUUCGUUGUAAAUUUAAGCAAUAUCAUCUGCUACUUUAAGUUGGAGCGAAGGGAUAAAAGAUGGUUCUUGAGAGAUUAUGGAAUAGAUAUCUCUAUUCUUAUAAAUUCAUCUCUGUUAUGCUUUAUUAUCAUUAGCUUUGCCGGUAGAGUAUUAAUUGCAGUUACUCAUUCUCCCAGAUCGGCUAUCGUUCUGUCUGCUGGGUGGCUAUAG